UGACUUUAUAAUUGAUUCAACACUCGAAUAUAAAGUUUCUAUGCGGUUUAAAAUUGUUUCUAUGUCGUUUAAAAAAUGUUUAAAAAUGGCUUAUUUAACCACUUUUGAAAACCUCAUCAAGAUAAGAUCCUAGAUCUUAAAAGUCCGGUGCAAACUUCGCCAGCACCUGUUUGCAUUGCUGGCUAAUUUUCGCUUGACUGACUAUAGGACAAAGGAAAUGUCAAAAUGGGAAAUGGACUUUCUGACAUUUCCAAUGUUUGAUGGUCAGUCGAGCAAGAAUUCGCCAGCAAUGCUGGCAGGUGCUGGCGCAGUUUGUUUAGUCUCAGUCUAGUCUAUUUGAAAUCUUUUUCUCAAGAUAAUUCUAUUCUUUCCUGUAUAAAAUAGAGCAUCCUCGGAAAUCCAGGGAGUCGAGACUGACCGCGACGCACUGAUGAUCCGAGCAGCCUUCCAAGAUUAGCAACGCUAAAAAUGUUCUUCUUUUCAGUUGAAAGCACAGACAGUGGACAAAAAGGAAAUUGCUCAACCCGCCAUUGUUUCGUGUUUCCUGUGGUCCACCAGCGAGCUCAGGAAUCCAGAGGGACUAACAAGACCAAACCAUUGACAGGCAGAGCAGGCCAAUCAGGACGCCAUUUUAUGCUCCCGCUCAAUGUCGAGUCACACAAAGAAUCCAUUUCCAUCGGCUAAUUGAAGCAAGUAACUGAGAAACCCUCAAUCAAAUAUCAUUAACUUCAAUCGUGGAUGGUCAUUUUGAGGUUUCCUCGAAAAAAACCCAUUGAAUUUUCAAUCAUAAACAAUAACAAAGGAGAAGUUGUCAUUGUCUCAGUGCUAUGUUGACAUCACUUGAGAUAGGCCUGACCGUCGCCUUUACGUGUCUCGUCAUCACGGACCUGGUGGGUAACACCCUCGUCAUAUGGGUCGUCGUGCGUUACCGAAUGAUGCGAACGCCAAUGAACUAUUUGCUAGUGAACCUGGCUAUUGCGGACAUGAUGUUUGCCCUGUUUAUCACCCCGCGAUUUAUCUUCAACCAUACGUUUAAGCACCCACAAGGCACUGCAGGCCACUACCUCUGUGUCUUCGUUACUGGUGGGAACUUGACUUGGACAGGCGGCGAUGCGUCCGUCUUUUCCCUUGUUGCCAUAGCAACUGAGAGGUACUUUGCGGUGGUGUGGCCAUUGAAUAACGAGCGGCGCAUCACGAGCCGAAAACUUAAGUGCCUGGUCAGCGGUAGUUGGAUGUUCGCAGUGCUCAUGACCUUCCCGUUAUACACUUCGGUCACGUACAGCGAGACGGAGCACCAAUGUGCCGAAGCCUGGGGUCACGUGAGCCACGCCAAGGCCUACAGCAUGUGCUGCUUUCUGUUUUUGGGCGUGAUUCCGCUGACCAUCAUGGCCGGGUUGUACUCGAGAAUCACGCACGAGCUAUGGUUCAAGGGCGCGCGCGUGACAUCGCUCACGCAACGCAUAGUGCUGUCACGCCGUAAACGUGUCACGCGGAUGGUGAUCAUUGUGAGUAGUAUCUACGCGGCCACUUGGAUGCCAAAUUUAACGAGCUACAUUUUGAACUACUACCACCCUAACUUUGCCUACGGAGACACGUUCUACUUGGUGUCUAUCUGUUUAGUGUCUGUGAACAGCACAGUUAACCCAUUUGUGUACACGCUGCAGAGCCAGAGGUUUAGACGCUGCGUGAAGGAUAUCUUAUCAAGCGUUUGCUGUGCCUGUCCACGGAGGUGGAGAGUAGAGGGUGUGGUCGAGGGACGAGUCAACAUGGGUCUUGAUGGCCAAGAUGACAGUGCAAUGCUAGAGCUGCAAGUUAGGAGUGAGAGAUCGAGCUCACCGUAAAAAAAAGUUUUGAAUCAGAAGGGAUGUCGGGAGUGAUCAAACAUCAACAAGGACCCAGCGCUCUCAUGUUUUUGGUCGACUAAAUAAGCCACAAAGCCUUUUAGAGAGCGAAGGCAAAAUCUGUUGGGUCUUCGAGUAUGGAUAUAAAAACUAAAGUAGUUAUUCUAAAUUAGUAUAUAAAACUCGGGAGACACGCAGGAAAAAGCGAUUUGAUUGGUUGAGAAAUUCGGGAUAAAAUGCAAUAUACACCUCCUAGGAGGUGGAUAUUUUCCUGCGGCCGGAAAUCAAGAAAAAUGGCGGGUGUAACAGCCGAUUUUCAAGUGUUUCCGAAAAGAAAAUUGCAUUGAAGCUCGUUUUAUAUACGAAAACAAUUAUACUAUUUCCAAUUUGGAGGAUUGUGGCUUUAAAAAUAUAUACCACUAUCCACCUCAAUAGAAAUGGUAUAAUUGGUAAAUAUCAUUAUUCUAAAAUAUCACCAAUAGAUAAUACAAUUAACAAAUUUACUCUUGUUGCGGCGACAUUGCAUGAAUCAUUGGAGGGUUUACGUUGUGAAAUAUAUUAUCAUAUUAUGUUUAUUUUUCUAAUAAGUGUUUCUAUGGUUACUGUGAUGUCAGGCUUGCGUCAUGCUGCUAAUAAGACAUUUAAGAAAAACGGAAUUAAAAAAAGCUUUGCAAAAUGGGGCCAAGGAAAAAAAAUCAACAAAUAAAUAAGAACGGACACAACAAGUCAGGCCUGAUUUGUUCUGCGCGAAUUUUAAUUCACUUUUUGGUGGUUUAGACCAAAAAGUUUUUGUUUCUGCUACUUGUGAAACAUGCGUGACUGGAUUACACACCUGUAUUUCCUUGGCAACACUUACAUCAGACAAGCGUCAUAACUAGGAGUGUGAAUUAAAAAUUAGUUGUGAAA